AUGUCAGAAGAAGUUAUUGCCAUACAGAAGGAGGAGCCUACCUUUGAGUCUGUAGUCUCUGAGAAGACCGCUCUGUACGAUGAACUACAAGAGGACGACUUGUAUAUCAAGUACAAGAAGCUUAAUAGGCACCUCGAGAAUCUAGCUAUCCAGGAGGAAUAUGUCAAGGAUGAACAUGCCAACUUGAAACGAGAACAUAUUCGCGCGCAAGAAGAAGUAAAGCGCAUCCAAUCCGUUCCCCUUGUUAUUGGUCAAUUCCUCGAGCCCAUUGACCAACAUACUGGGAUCGUCGGCAGUACUACAGGCUCUAAUUAUGUUGUGCGGAUACUCAGCACACUGGACCGAGAGCUCUUGAAGCCAUCGUCCAGCGUUGCACUUCAUCGCCAUUCAAAUGCUCUAGUAGAUAUUCUCCCACCCGAGGCGGACUCUUCUAUCGCUAUGCUGGGACAUGACGAAAAGCCGGAUGUCUCGUACCAAGACAUUGGUGGUAUGGACUCUCAAAAACAAGAGAUUCGUGAAGCAGUUGAACUGCCAUUGACACAAUUCGAUCUAUACAAGAAGAUUGGUAUUGAUCCCCCGAGAGGUGUCCUAUUGUAUGGACCACCAGGUACUGGGAAGACUAUGUUGGUCAAGGCAGUUGCACACCAUACCACUGCCUCUUUCAUCCGUGUAGUCGGGAGCGAGUUUGUUCAAAAAUACCUUGGAGAGGGUCCACGUAUGGUUCGAGAUGUGUUCCGCUUGGCACGAGAGAACGCACCUGCUAUUAUAUUUAUUGACGAAAUCGAUGCCAUUGCAACAAAACGAUUCGACGCCCAAACAGGCGCUGAUAGAGAAGUUCAACGUAUUCUACUCGAGUUGCUCAACCAAAUGGAUGGAUUCGACCAAGGAAGCAACGUGAAGGUAAUUAUGGCAACCAACCGAGCAGACACACUGGAUCCUGCACUAUUGCGUCCAGGUCGAUUGGACAGAAAGAUUGAAUUCCCCUUCCCCGCUCGCCGAGAGAGACGAUUGAUUUUCCAGACCAUAACUGGAAAGAUGAAUCUUGGGCCAGAUGUUGACCUCGAGGAUUAUGUUUCACGACCGGAUCGCCUCUCGUCUGCGGAAAUUGCUUCCAUUUGCCAAGCAGCUGGUCUUCAAGCUGUUCGCAAAAACAGAUAUGUUAUUUUACCGGUGGACUUUGAAGAGGCAUGGAAGCAAACUGUUAAAAGAGGCGACGAGACCCUCGAUUUCUACCGGUAG